AUGUCACGCAACUUCGACGAAAGAGGUCGGAGCGCAUCGACAACAGCAUCCACCAGGGCAUCAUCGACCAAGUCUCAAUCGCGAUCGACCAGUAAUGCACGACACCUCGAGGCUUCCGAGAGCCCACAAAGGAAGAUAAGCAUUUCAUCCAAUUCAGAGGAGAAGAUUGGUGAGAGCCCACCGAGAAGAUCGCCGGAGAUCGAGCUUCCACAUGGACCAAUCCCGCGACCGGAGACACUAGAGGCACUUGGAACACUGUCGGCGCAAUCAUACAGGCACGAUGUUGCGGGAGAGCCCAAGUGGCCAAGAGAAUGGCGAGCAUAUCUGUGCUUGUUCGGCGGCUUCCUGCUCAUGUUCAACUCCUGGGGACUGGUAAACACAUAUGGAACCUACUCAUCAUUCUACAUGCAGCACCUGCUGCCCGGCCAGGAUCUUCUAUACCUCAAUCUCGUUGGAUCGACUCAAUCGGGGAUUGUCUUGAWGCUCUCAGCCAUCAUUGGUCGCUUCCUCGAUGCAGGAUACAUCCGGCAUCUGUUAGUCAUUGGGACGAUUUUCAUCACGGCUGGCUCUUUUGGUCUGAGUGGUGUCAACGGGGAAGGCAGAUAUGAUGAAGGGAACUACGUACUGAUCUGGCUCACCCAAGGACUGAUCUCAGGGCUGGGCAUGGCGUGCUUUUUCGUCAGCUCAUCGCAGGUCGUCGCAACAUGGUUCCAGGCGAGGAAGAGCUUCGCCAUUGGCAUCGUCGCCUCCGGCGCCAGCAUUGCUGGCCUUCUCUACCCGAUGAUGACCAAGUUCCUCAUCCAAGACGUGGGCUUCAACAUCGCAACUCGCUAUGUGGCUGCCGUUAUCACCGCCACAUGUGCUCUGACAGUCUUCAUCGCCCGGCCAAACCCAAAGACGAAAUUCCGUCACGUGGAAAACUGGUUCGAUGUAUCGAUCUUCUGGGACGCGGAGGCUUUCACGGAACCUGCAUACGUCUUCCUCGUCGCGGCCAUUGCCUUCCUUUUCUUUGGAUUCUACGCCAUCUUUUUCAACCUCGAGGAAUGGGCCAUCAGUGAAGGAUUCGGAUUCCGCAAACCUCAGGGAAAUGUCGGUCUGAACGAAGACAUUCCCCAACCGCCACCCGACAAGUCUAUUGAGACGUUCUGGUUGCUCGCCAUCAUGAACGCAUCCUCUACCAUUGGCCGUCUGGGAUCCGCAUACCUAUGCGAUCACUUUGGUGCGCUAAACGUCCACGCUGUUGUCACAACAAUCGCUUCAAUCCUGGUCCUUGCUCUCUGGACAACAUCUCAUGCUCUUGCCUCCGCAAUCGCCUUCGUGGUCAUCUUUGGAGCCUUUUCCGGAGCUGUUAUCGGUCUCCCACCUGCUUCUGUCGCCUACGUCCUCGGCCCAGAACGCCAAUCCAAGCUUGGACAAUGGACGGGAAUGAUGUACACUUGCGCCGCGGCCUUUGCAUUGGUUGGGCCUCUGAUCGCGGGCCAUCUCAUCACUGAGUAUUCAACAUAUCUCACGGUACAAUUCUGGUCGGGCGCCAACAUGGCCAUGUCGGCAUUUUGCAUGUGCUGUGCGGUGCUAUGCCGACGUCGUCAUGACAAGAAGCACAACAUGCAACGGUUAUUCUCCACCGCAACCACUGUCGCUGUUGCCGACGAGGCUGAGAAUGAGAAAGUUUGA